GCAGGUUGCUGGUCAUUCGCCGGGAGGCAGCCGGAGGGGUCGGGUCGGUCAGUCAGAGGAAGGGCCAUUGCCAUGGUGGACAGCAUCUACCGGACCCGCUCUCUGGGGGUGGCGGCCGAGGGGCUGCCGGACCAGUACGCCGACGGAAGGGCGGCCCGCGUCUGGCAGCUCUACAUCGGAGACACGCGGAGCCGCACCGCCGAGUACAAGAGCUGGCUGGUGUCGCUGCUCCGGAGCCAGCGCUGCAGGACCGUCCUGGAUGUGGCCUGCGGAACCGGUGUGGACUCCAUCAUGCUGGUUGAGGAAGGAUUCCGAGUCACCAGUGUAGAUGCCAGCGACAAGAUGCUCAAAUAUGCCCUGAAGGAGCGAUGGAAUCGUAGAAAAGAGGAGGCUUUCGACCACUGGGUCAUUGAAGAAGCUAACUGGCUCACCCUGCCACAGGACCUGCAAAAACCUGGUGAAGGCUUCGAUGCAGUCAUUUGCUUGGGGAACUCUUUUGCACAUCUCCCAGAUUUUAAAGGUGACCAAGGCGUUCACAAACAGGCUCUUAAGAACAUUGCCAGCAUGGUGCGUCCAGGAGGCAUCUUUGUAAUUGACCACCGUAACUAUGACUAUAUCCUGAAAACUGGCUGUGCACCUCCUGGGAAGAACAUCUACUACAAGAGUGACUUAACCAAGGACAUCACUACAUCAGUACUUCUUGUAAAUAACAAGCCAAAUAUGGUGACACUGGACUACACGCUGCAGGUUCCACCUGAGGGGAAUGAUGGCAUCCCAGAACUGAGUCAGUUUCGUCUCUCUUACUACCCUCAUCUCCUGGAUCGUUUCACAGAACUACUGAAAAAUGCUGUACAAGGCCCAUGUGAACACACUGUCCUAGGGGACUUUAAGCCUUACAAGCCAGGCCAACAAUAUGACCCAUGUUAUUUUAUCCAUGUGCUGAAGAAAACUGGAUGAGAACGGUGCUACAGAACUACUCCCUCUUCUGUUGCUAGAGUAGCUGGUGGAAUCCAAAUCCCGUGCAAGCAAGCAUGGAUGUGCAUAGGAGCUGCUUGAACCAGAAGAGGAGAGCAUUGGAAGGAAUUCUUCCCCAUCACCAUCUUCUUUCUUUUUCUUCCUAUAUGGGUCCAAUCUGGUUAAUCUGUUUUUGGAGAUUGGAGGAGCUUCUGCUUGAAUUAGUGACCUCCAAGGAAAGGAAGUGGGGAUUAUUUGCUUUGCACCUGAAUCAUAAGCAAAGCUAUAUAGCUGGCUAAAAUGUACCUUGCUGUUUCCUAAUAAUUUUCUGUUUUUGGCUUCUGUUGCUGACAUUGCCUGGAUAAUCUGCAUCAAUGUUUGAGUUAAUUUACUGAUGAUUGUGAUUGUGUGUUUUCUCCAAGGGAGAGGUAGAAAGGACAUGUUUUAGUUCCUUGUUAUAAAUGGAAAAUUGUGCCCCUACA